UCUGAGCUGGCUACUCAGUCUUCAAGUUUGUGUGGUUACCACUCCAUUUUCAGUGUAAUUAUGGCUGAUGGCUAAUAUCAGGUGGCAGUACAAGACUGACUUUGAAAGCAGUUGUGGCUAGUUGUGAAGACAACACGAGACAGUUGAUGAAUUAGAUAAGGUCUGUUUAUAGAAAAAAACAGCCAGCGCUCCUUUAACAGAAAACUGUUGAGGUCCCCGCCCACAGUACAUGAUCUGACUGUGGGCACUGGCCAGGGUCGGUUGAAGCGGAUGGGGUCAGAGUCGGGCUACACGUUGACAGCUGGAGCAGAAGGAAACACAUCGCAGUCAAGCUGGAAGACGCGUUUAUGUUAAACGCUAGACAUGUUCACGAAGGGUAAAGGGACCGCGGUGCCAUCGGACGGGCAAGCGCGAGAAAAGUUGGCAUUGUACGUCUAUGAAUACUUGCUGCAUGUUGGAGCACAGAAAUCCGCACAGACAUUUUUAUCAGAGAUAAGAUGGGAAAAGAACAUAACCCUUGGGGAACCGCCAGGCUUUCUGCACUCUUGGUGGUGUGUGUUUUGGGACCUGUACUGUGCGGCACCUGAGAGAAGGGACACAUGUGAUCACUCCACUGAAGCAAAGGCCUUUCAUGACUAUAGCGCCGCAGCAGCACCAAGUCCAGUCCUAGGCAACAUGCCUCCUGGGGACGGGAUGCCAGGUGGCCCAAUGCCCCCCGGAUUCUUCCAGGGACUACCUGGUUUCCAACCCUCCCCUCACGCUCAGCUGCCUCCUAACUCUAACAUGAUGGGGGCACAUGGACAGCCCUUUAUGUCGCCACGCUAUGCUGGUGGACCACGGACGCCCAUCAGAAUGGGUAAUCCGGCUCCAAGUGGGCAGCCAUUACCACCACAUAUGAUGGACCCUACACGACCAACAAGCCAUCAAAACCUGGUUCCCAUGCAGAGAUUGAAUGCUCCUCGAGGAAUGGGCCAAAUGGGACCAGGACCACAGUCUGAUCCUUGGAUAUCAUUACAGAACUAUGGUGGAGGAAUGAGACCUCCAGUCUCCAUGGGCCCUGGAAUGUCAGGGGUGAACAUGGGACCAGGAGCAGGCAGAACAUGGUCUAAUCCUAAUAAUGGAAACACAAUCCCAUAUUCUUCUUCAUCCCCAGGGACAUAUGUGGGUCCUCCAGGAGGAGCAGGAAGUGGUGGAACACCCAUCAUGCCAAGUCCAGCAGAUUCCACCAACUCUGGUGAAAACCUCUACACAUUGAUAAACUCAGUACCCCCAGGAGGAAACAGAUCUAGUUUUCCUAUGGGCCCAGAUUCAGAUGGCCCAAUGGGAGGAUUGGAGCCUCAUCACAUGAAUGGCUCAUUAGGUUCGGGUGACAUAAAUGGACUCCCAAAGAAUUCCCCUAAUAACCUGAGUGGCAUGAGUAACCCGCCUGGAACUCCACGAGACGACAGUGAACUGAGUGGAAGCUUCCUUCACUCUUUCCAAAAUGAAAAUUACUCGCCAACAAUGACAAUGAGUGUGUGAUAAAGGAUAUCUACGAAACACCAAAUGCAGGUGUCACAAAGACCAGAGACCAACCCCACUAAUAACCAGAGUGAUGUCUAAGUUUAGUCUUACCCAUCCAUGAGAACCAAAUCUUAAACCAGGUCUGGUUGAAGUGGUUGCUCUUCAUUUCAACACGUCCAACAUCAGUGAGAAGAACUAUAGGAUGAGCUCAGCUUACUGGAAGGACCUGUUUGAGAUGGGAGCACCCUUGUUAUGUUUUAGUAAUUUUUGUAUUAUUUUAUUUAAAAUAGUAGACUAAAGAGGACUUUAGUCUUCUUAAAGAAGACCUUUUUUUUUUUUUUUUUUUUUUUAAGAGUGGACCUCAAACAUAAAGAACAUCUACACUGUGGAUUUUGUGAGAAAUAUCACAUUCCUGGCAUCUUGGAGAGGACAUGGACCAUUUUUGUGUAACAUUCAAUUAGACUAUUUGAGGAUGUCUAGUCUCCAAUCUCUAAACAGAUUUUUUUAACAGCAUAAAAACACUGUAAUGGCUUCAAAAGGGAGUACAGACAUUUUGAAUACAUGGACCAAUGGAACUGCUGAGAGAAGGCAGAAACGAAACCUGCUGUCCUACUGGGAAAGAUAAUGGACUAUGAGAUAAAUAAAUCUAUUUUAUUUUCCUUUGUUUAAUGCCAUGUUUCUAUAGGUUUUAUGUACUUCAAAUGAAUUUCACUGCUAAAGCCUUUCUAAAGCAGUUUAAUGUGCUGAAAGUUUGAGAUAUGUCCUGAAUGAGUCUCAGUCAUUUACAACAUGAUCCACUUUUCAAUAGGAACCUCAGAUGACUUUAUUAAAAUCAUAGUUCACCCCAGAAUUUUAAUUGCCAUCUUUAUCUUCAUCAUUUACUCACCCUCGUGCCAUCCCAGAUGUAUGUGUAAUGUAUCAUUACCUCAUGUUGUUCCAAACCUGUGUGACUCUCCGUAGCAAAGGUAACUUGCAAGUCAAAUCUGACUGAAGAGCAACAAGGGACAGAUUCACUGACUUUACUUCCACAGGACCAAUAAUCAAUCAUGCUGACUUUUUACUUCUUGAUCCUGUUAUUAUUAUUUUUGCUAUCGCUAUCUUUCCAAAUGACCCUCUUACAUAACUGUUGAUAUUUUACCUUUUUUGUUUCCUCAUUGGCUUUUAACUUUUAUUUGUGAUAUUGUAUUUUUAAUGUUUUCUGUUUGCUCUUAGUAUAACAGUUGAAGAUGUCCUGCAGACACCCAAAGAAAAUUAUUUAAUUUAGUCUAUUUUGAGCUUAUUUCCACAUGUUAGUCUGUCACAACGCUCUACAGCAACACUUGACCUGUUACGUAUGUACUAUGUUAACCAUUGUAAUGUAUAUUGUUAAUGCUUUUCAGAAGACAAAGAAGGAAUUGUGUAAUUUUUAUGAUUAAAUUAUUUUUCUGUUCAUACCAAAAUGUUAAAUGCCACUCCUUUUUUCUGUUUCCUUACAUCUUCAGCAAAUAAAUAUAUAUAAUACAAGCGUUUCGUUCAAUAUUGCUAAUGAACACUAAUAAUAAUGUUGCAUAGU